CAUUGGUGCCCAGCGGCCAGCGCCCGUGACGGCCGGAGCCGGCCUUUCAGCUGCAGACACCAGACGCCACCGCCGCUGCGUCCUCGGCCUCGCCCUCCUCCAAUCUCGUGCGGUGCGUGUGACGCAGCUGCCGGCGGAAAGAAGAUGGCGAAUCACUUCGUGCUCAACACCGGCGCCACGAUCCCCUCGGUGGGGCUCGGCACCUUGCUUGGCGACCCCGCCGGCGCCGUCUACGCCGCCGUCAAGGCGGGGUACCGGCACAUCGACUGUGCAAGAGCUUACGGCAGCGAAAAGGAGGUUGGUUUGGCGCUGCAGAAGCUAUUUCAAGAGGGUGUUGUGACACGUGAGGAUCUGUUUAUUACCUCUAAGUUGUGGAAUGAUCAUCAUGAUCCAGAAGAUGUUCGUGAAUCACUAAAUAAAAGCCUGAACGACUUGCAACUUGAGUACUUGUAUCUUUACCUCGUAUGCAUCUUCUAUUUGAGAACCAUGUUGUAUUACCUGAUUUUCUCCUCUAAUAUGGUCUCUAUAUUGCACCUUUGGCUUGGAGUUAGAUUUUAGGGAGAUCUACUAUAAAAUUGUUUAGCACAGCGUUGAUGAAGAAUGUAAAAUGAAAAAUUUAAUCACGGGUAAAUUUUUGUAGAUUCACUGGCCGUUAGAGUAAAGAAGGGAACCAGCUCCAAAGAAUACUGAAAACUUUCUCCAACCUGAUAUCCCAGCUACUUGGGGAGCCAUGGAAAAGUUAUACGAUGCUGGGAACGCUCGAGCAAUUGGUGUCAGUAACUUCUCAUCAAAGAAAUUGGGUGACUUGCUUGCUGCAGCUCGUGUACCUCCAGCUGUUAAUCAAGUAGAAUGUCAUCCUAGUUGGCAGCAAACUAAGCUCCAUAGCUUUUGUCAGUCAAAUGGUGUUCAUCUCUCCAUUUAUCACUUCAUGCAACUGGUUUGUUACAGCUAGUUUUUCUUUUGUUGUUAUAAGUUAUUAAUUUGCAGGGGCCAAAGCUCUCGGGUGCGGUUAUACGUCGCCAGACCUUCUAAUUGGCGCGUCCGUCCACCACGUGCACGCGUGGAUUGGUGGGCCGCUUUCAGCCUAAUAAUUAGCUAAUAAUUAGCGGAAGGGCUUUCCUGCUUUACCGAUGCAUGGACCUAAUAAUUAGCUCAAUAAUCAUCUCUCUGUAAGUAUGAAUUACACCUUUUAUAUCUACUUAUCACUUCAUGUAA